UAGUUUUGUACUGCCCUUUCUCUUUCUGAUGCUGAAGUUGGACCAUCCAUGGGCAUAUGGUAGCGAGACUGAGAACUGCACCACCACUAUUACUGUUCCAAGAGGUACCCAGUAUAAUAGAACAUCUGGUGAUUCAGUCACUAUUGACUGUCCAGUGACGUAUUGUGAAGAGCAGCCUGUAAUACAAUGGUACAGGUACAACAAAGCGGACAAGAAAUCAUUAAUUUUGCAGAACGAACAAAGGCACACAGUUUCAUGGAUAAAUGGAAACAAUUUUAUUUUGAACUUUUCAUCUGUGAAUAAGAACGACAGUGGAUUGUAUCACUGUGUAGCUACUGUGGGUGAACAAAAAAUAGAGAGCCAUUUAAUAGAAGUCUUUGUUCAAGAUUACAGUAAUCUCACGGAACCUGAAGAUGCUAAAAAUACUACAGAAAAUCAUGGAGCACCUGAAAGGAACAAGAUUUUGAUUAUUUAUUUCCUGUCAUCCCUGGGAGCACUGUGCUUCCUCAUUUUUUGCUGCUCUGGACUGCUGUUUUUCGUAAGAAGGAAUCAAGUGACAAACAAGAUGAUUUCAUCAAAUGUAGAACAUGAAAUGAAUGUGUUAAGUAGCCAUACGAACGCCCAGUGCUACAGUGCUAGCACUACUCACGUUUCUGAUGAGGGAUUUGCACCUGGCUUGCUGCAGUUUCCAGAUGGCAAUACCAUCUAUGACAAUCAAGGCAAUUGCCAGAAGGCCAGCAAGGCUGCACAAAAUCUGACGUGCAAUGAAUCUGUCACCUGUAUUCACCAGCUUCUACCUGCAAACCAGGAUGCCCUUGUUUAUGCAACACUCAGCCAUGAGGAACCUUUUCAGAGAUGUGAACCCGUUGUAGAAACGGUAUUUACAGAAUAUGCUACCAUUAGGCUGAAGAAAUAAAUACGGACAGCUACUCAUUGAUUAGCAUCAUAUUACAUCUUCCACUGUGGCUCAGCAAGCACCUAGCUGAACAUUACUGAGUGUAUGCAUAUCACACAGUCUGUUUUUUGGCCAGGAACAUUCCUUUGGUGGUAAAGACAGUAUUUAUUUUUCUGGCAUAAUAAUAAAUGGUUAAAAUAAAUUUUCAUAUUGGAAGGCCAUUUGCGCAUCAGCAAAAAAGAGGAAAUAAAUCACCCCAAGAGGGCAAUGAUUUGUAUAAUAUUUG